AUGGCUGAGGACUCCGAACUUUGGGAUGUGAUUUGUGAUGGUCACUUUGUCCCUAUGAAGGCUGUUGGAGAGGGAACAAGGACUAACUUCAAGGCAAAGAAGAUUCUUGUGUGUGGUAUUGGACCAGACGAGUAUAAUCGUAUCUCGACAUGUGAAUCUGCCAAGGAAAUCUGGGAAGCUCUUCAAACGGCUCCCGAGGGAACUACUCAGGAUGAGUUCAUUCAAGAGAUGCAUACCCGUUUCACCUCCAUAAUCAAUGAGAUUCAUUCACUUGGUGAAAUCAUUCCAACCAAUAAGCUGGUCCGGAAGAUACUCAGUGUUCUACCAGGUUCCUGGGAGAGCAAGGUUAAUGCUAUCACUGAAGCCAAAGACCUGCAGAAGCUGACUAUUGACGAGCUUAUUGGUAAUCUCAAAACAUAUGAGAUGAAGAGAAAGAAGGAUCUUGAAAGAAGAGAGCCCAAUGAAGAGAGGAACCUGGUUCUUAAAGCUGCCCUCACUGACUCAAGUAGUGAUGAAUCUGAAAUGACGUAUCUCACUCGAACAUUUCAAAAGAUGGUUCGUAAAAAUGGUGGAAUCCCAAAGAAAGGAAGUUCCAGCAGGAAUUUCAAAGGAAAUGAUUGCUGUCAUAAGUGUGGAAAGCAUGGACACUUCAUUAAAGACUGCCCUCUUCAUAAGCAAGUUCAAUACAAAACCAACACUGAUAAGGCAGCUAAGAGGAACCCGGUCCCUGACAGAAAAUUCAAAAGAAGAGAUGUUGCUGACAACAUGGUGAAGCAAGCUUUGGCUGACUGGGGAGAUUCCUUCAGUAAAUCUGAAGGUGAGGAUGACCAAGGAGAUGCAUCUAUGAUGGUUGUUGAUAAUGAAUAUGAGUCAAUCUUUGCACUCAUGGCUCAAUUUGAUAAUGACGAGGACAAGGAGGAAGAUGAGGUAAGUUUUCUUGAUGUUCAAAGAAAUUUAAAAACUUACUCUAAGAAAAAAUUGAUGUCCUUAGCAAAUGUGUUGAUUGAUGCCUACCAUAGCCUUAUUAAUGAUAAAGAUGCUUUAAUAGAAGAAAUUGGUGACAUAGAACAAGAAAGGGAUAAUAUGGUAGUUUCUAUUUUAGAUUUGAAGGAACAAGUGGAAAAAGUAACUAGAGAAAAUAACUUGUUGAAAAUCCAAACGAAAAAAUGGAUGGACAACACUAAGGGUAAAGAAGUGGCUAGUAAGGCUCAACUUGAGUUUGAGAGUAAGCAUAAGAAAGCUAAAACAAGUCUUGUUGUUGAGCUUGAAAAGAAUAGACAACGUCAGGAGAGUGAUGGUGGAAACAGGCAAGGAAUUGGGUUCCAAAAGGCUAAAACCUCCUAUAAUCCCUAUAGCAAAUACUGCAUUGUCACCAAUCUCAAAACUGGUGAAGUGGUGUUGAUAGCCAAAAGGUUCAAGAACAUCUAUGUUGCAGACCUUGAUUCACUUAAUGGUGGUGAUCUAACAUGCCUAAGUGUCAUUGAUGAUGAUGCUGAGUUAUGGCGUAGAUGA